UCUGCAUUCGACUGAAUUAAGGUUUGUCACCUGUCCUUCUUGUUCAACAAAGAUGACGACAGGUGCAGUGGCUGAGCUUGUGCUUGUGGCUGUCACGACGGCGCUGGCCGUGUGGCUGGUGCGGGCCGUCGUGCGCUGGUGGCGCUUGCGAGAAGCCGUGAAGCAGUUGGCUGGCGGCAAGAUGCAGUUUCCUUACGGGACAAUGAAGGAGCACACCUCAAACGGAUCCAUGGAUUAUGCCAUAAAGUACUGUGACGUCGAUCCGAUCAAACCCAUUCGCUACUGCGUCAGCAGCUUCAUGACAAUUGUCGCGCUGCGCCGCCCACAAGACAUCAAGAACGUGGUGCUGCGAGACGAGCCAAAGUCGAAGAUGGCACAAAACCUGCUCGGUGACUGGCUCGGCCUCAAGUCCAUUCUCCUCCUGAACGGGCCCAAGUGGAAGUCCAUGCGCCACAUGCUCAACCCAGCAUUUUCCCGCGCCGUCAUCGAGGACUACAUUCCUACGAUGGUGGAGAGUGCAGAGGAGCUUGCCGCCAAAUUUGAACAACACGCGCGCACCCCUGAAGAAGCUGUCGAUGUGACGCAGGACUUCAGCUUGUUCACCCUCGACACGGUUUGCCGCUGUGCAUUCAGCUUCAAAAGCGAUGUGCAACACUCGCGAAAUGACCAAUUCACGCAAGACUUUUUCGAAAUGGGGCCUGAAACAGUCCAGCGCUUUCGGAAUCCACUCCACCUGCUUGGUCCGAUCUACAACUUGACGUCGGCGGCACAGCGGCACCGGCAGCGCAUCCAUCGCCUCCACACACACGCAGCGCAGAUUAUUGAGCAGCGACGAAAGGAACUGGAUGGAAUGUCCAUCGAGGACGUCACUACCCACAAGCGCCCCUCUGGGCGUGCGCUGUUUGACUUUCUGGACAUUUGUCUCCUCUCGCGCGACAAGGACGGCAACCCGGCACUGACGGACGAAGAGAUUCGCAGCCAGUGCGACACGUUCCUCUUUGCAGGCCACGACACCACAGCAACUGCACUCACCUGGCUCACGUUUUGCCUCGCCAAACACCCAGAGUGCCAAGAGAGGUGUCGAGAGGAAAUCUUUGAUCUUCUUGGACCCGACGCAGCCCCAACAUUCACCAAUCUCGCAAAGCUCCCAUACACCACAGCUUGCAUCAAGGAGGCGAUGCGUCUGUAUUCGCCUGUGAUUGCCGUUCACCGCCAGCUCAAGUCGCCACUGAUGCUCGAGUGCGGUGUGCAGCUACCGGCAGGAACAACAGUUGCUUUCAGCAUCUUCAUGCUCCAUCGCAAUCCGACCGUCUGGGAAGACCCGCUCCAGUACAACCCAGACAGGUUCCUGGACAUGACCGUGGAUGCGUUUGCAUUUAUGCCGUUUUCGACCGGCCGCCGCAACUGCAUUGGCAACAACUUUGCCAUGCACGAGAUCCGCGUUGCCAUGUGCCAGCUCCUUCGCAGGUUCAAGUUUGUCGAUGCAGAGCAUGAGCCUGCACUCCAGAGCGCCCUCGUUCUCCGCAGCGCAAACGGUGUCAAAGUCAAGAUACAGCCCCUGGACUCGUAACCAAGGAAGCCCACUUCUGGUGUCACCAGCGCAGUAUUGCUCCAUUACCAAUGCUUCUCAUUUCGCAGCACGCAUUUGUGCUAUGUUGUGUGUUACACCACGUUCUUCCUUCCGGAUCAAGCGAGCAAACAAGUGCUUGUUCUGUUGCCCCCUCGUCCCUUAACUUGAAUAUCACUUGCCUUGAUCGCUCCUUUGCCUGCUUGUACCACUGUUGUUGUUUUCGCUUUUGUAUUGGUUUGAGGUGUGGUGGAUUGCACUUGAAUGAACCCACAACUUAUCAAUACAAUGGAAAUCAAAACCAG